GGUCGGGAGACCUGCCUUUAAUUACAGCAUCAGACCAUCAGCAGGGAGAAACAGCACAUUGCUAGCGACCAUCCACCUUCUCCGAAGAAAAGAGUGAAGGAGAAACGGCCCAGUCCCGGAGAAGGUCUUCAUUCCAGAAGUGUUCCAGGAGUCAUGGUGGACAGUUUCUGCAAUUCUACUUUUUGGAAUUCUUCAUUCCUGGACAGACCAGAGGCAGACCUGCCACUUUGCUUUGAGCAGACUGUUCUAGUGUGGAUUCCUUUGGGCUUCCUUUGGCUCUUGGCCCCUUGGCAGCUUCUUCAUGUAUAUAGAUCCAGGAACAAGAAAUCUUCUAUAACUAAGUUUUACCUUGCUAAACAGGUGCUCGUUGGGCUUCUUCUUAUUUUGGCAGCCAUAGAGCUGGCCCUUGCCCUCACGGAAGACUAUGGACAAGCCACAAUUCCUCCCGUGAAAUAUGUCAACCCAAUCCUCUACCUGUGCACCUGGCUCCUGGUUUUGCUGAUCCAAUACAGCAGGCAAUGGUGCAUACAGAAAAACUCUUGGCUCCUGUCCAUAUUCUGGAUUCUCUCGAUAUGCUGUGACACUUUCCAGUUUCAGACUCUUAUCCGGGCACUGCUACAGGACAGAAGUUCCAAUCUGGCCUAUUCCUGCCUGUUCUUCAUUUCUUACGGAUUCCAGAUCGUGAUCCUGAUCCUUUCAGCAUUUUCAGAAAAAAGUGACUUAUCAAGUAAUCCAUCAUCCGCAGCUUCAUUUUUGAGUAACAUUACCUUUAGUUGGUUUGACAGCAUUGUUCUGAAAGGCUACAAGCAACCACUGACACUUGAAGAUGUCUGGGAUGUGGACGAAAAGCUUAAAACCAAGCCAACACUGAGCAGGUUUGAAGUAUGCAUGGCAAAAGAGCUACAGAAAGCACGGCAGGCAUUCCAGAGGCGGCAGCAGAAGGCCCAGCGGAAGUCUGGAGCCAAGCCACGCGGCUUGGACAAGAACCAGAGCCAGAGCCAAGAUGUCCUUGUCCUGGAAGAAGCUAAAAAGAAAAAGAAGUCUAAGAAAACGAAAGACUUUCCCAAAUCUUGGCUGACCAAGGCCCUCUUCAAAACUUUCUACAUGGUGCUUCUCAAAUCAUUCAUACUGAAACUAGUGCAUGACAUCACUUUGUUUCUGAAUCCUCAGCUGCUGAAAUGGCUGAUUGCCUUUGUGAGCGACUCUGACUCAUACAUGUGGACUGGAUAUGUCUAUUCCAUCCUCUUAUUCGCGAUCAGUCUCAUCCAGUCUCUCUGCCUUCAGACUUAUUUUCAAAAGUGUUUUCUUCUGGGAAUGAGUGUGCGGACAACCAUCAUGGCUUCUGUGUAUAAGAAGGCACUGACCCUGUCCAACUUGAACAGAAGACAGUACACCAUUGGAGAAACAGUGAACCUGAUGUCUGUGGAUGCCCAGAAGCUCAUGGAUGUGACCAAUUUUAUUCACUUGGUGUGGUCAACUGUCCUACAGAUUGUCUUAUCCAUCUUCUUCCUGUGGAGAGAGUUGGGGCCCUCGGUCUUAGCAGGUGUAGGGGUGAUGGUUCUCCUGGUUCCAGUUAAUGGAAUAUUUGCCACCAAGAAUAGACGUAUUCAGGUGAAAAAUAUGAAGAAUAAGGACAAACGUUUAAAGAUCAUGAAUGAGAUUCUCAGUGGAAUCAAGAUCCUGAAGUAUUUUGCCUGGGAACCUUCAUUCAAAGAACGAAUCACCAAUAUUCGGAAAAAAGAGCUGAAGAACCUGCUGUUCUUUGGUCAGCUGCAGUGCGUUAUAAUCUUCGUCCUACAGUUAGCGCCUGUCCUGGUGUCUGUGACUACAUUUUCUGUUUAUGUUCUGGUGGAUAGCAACAAUAUUUUGGAUGCUGAGAAGGCCUUCACCUCCAUCACUCUCUUCAAUAUCCUGCGCUUUCCCCUAACCAUGCUUCCCAUGGUGAUCUCUUCUAUGCUCCAGGCCAGUGUUUCUGUAGAACGUCUAGAGAAGUACUUGGGAGGGGAUGACUUGGACACAUCUGCUAUUCGGCAUGUCUGCAAUUUUGACAAAGCUGUGCAGUUUUCUGAGGCCUCGUUUACCUGGGACCGGGACUCGGAAGCCACAAUCCGAGAUGUGAACCUGGACAUCAUGCCAGGCCAACUAGUGGCUGUGGUGGGUACUGUGGGCUCUGGGAAAUCUUCCUUGAUGUCAGCUAUGCUGGGAGAAAUGGAAAAUAUCCACGGGCACAUCACCAUCAAGGGUAGUACCGCGUAUGUCCCUCAGCAGUCCUGGAUUCAGAAUGGUACCAUAAAAGACAACAUCCUUUUUGGAUCAGAGUUGAAUGAAAAGAAGUAUCAGCAAAUUCUGGAGGCCUGUGCUCUCCUCCCAGACUUGGAAAUAUUGCCUGGAGGAGACCUGGCUGAAAUUGGAGAGAAGGGUAUAAAUCUCAGUGGUGGCCAGAAGCAGCGAAUCAGCCUGGCUAGAGCUGUUUAUCAAGACUCAGACAUCUAUAUUCUAGACGACCCUCUGUCUGCUGUGGAUGCUCAUGUGGGAAAACAUAUUUUCAAUAAGAUCUUGGGCCCCAAUGGGCUGUUAAACGGCAAGACUCGACUGCUAGUUACACAUAGCAUUCACUUUCUUCCCCAAGUGGAUGAGAUUGUGGUUCUGGGGAAUGGCACUGUUGUGGAGAAAGGAACCUACCGUGCUCUGCUGGCCAAGAAAGGAGUAUUUGCUAAGAAUCUGAAGACAUUCACAAGGCAUCCGAGUUCUGAAGGGGAGGCCACAGUCAAUGAUGAUAGUGAAGAGGACGACGACUAUGGACUGAUACCCAGCAUAGAGGAAAUCCCCGAGGACGCAGCCUCCUUGACCAUGAAGAGGGAGAACAGCCUUCGUCGAACUAUGAGUCGCCGGUCCAGUAGCAGGCCCCAGAAGUCCUUAAAAAACUCCUUGAAAAUUCGAAAUGGGAAUGCCCUGAAGGAAGAGGAAGAACUAGUGAAAGGACAAAAACUAAUUAAGAAGGAAUUCAUGGAAAGUGGAAAGGUGAAGUUCUCCGUCUACAUGAAAUACCUACGAGCAAUGAAAUGGUGUUCAAUACUCUGCAUCAUCUUUUUCUUCAUAAUGAAUUUUGUGGCUUUUAUUGCGUCCAACCUUUGGCUUAGUGCUUGGACCAGGGACUCCCUUAUCUACAAUAGCACCAACUACCCAGCUUCUCAGAGGGACUUGAGAAUUGGAGUCUAUGGGGGCCUGGGAGUAGCACAAGCUGUAUUUGUGCUCGUAGCAAGUAUCUGGAGUGUGUUUGGCAGCAACUAUGCAUCAAAAAUGUUACACAGUCAACUGCUGGUCAAUAUCCUUCACGCACCUAUGAGGUUUUUUGAUACAACACCCACAGGCCGGAUUGUGAACAGAUUCGCCGGUGAUAUCUCCACUGUGGACGAGACCCUCCCUCAGACCUUGCGCAGCUGGCUGAUGUGCUUCCUGGGGAUCAUCAGCACGAUUGUCAUGAUCUGCAUGGCCACGCCUGUGUUUAUCGUCAUUGUUAUUCCUCUGGGCAUUCUUUACGUGGCUAUCCAGGUUUUUUAUGUGGCAACUUCCCGCCAGCUGAGACGUCUGGACUCUGUCACUCGGUCCCCGGUCUACUCUCACUUUGGUGAGACGGUAACAGGAUUGCCCGUUAUCCGUGCCUUUGAGCACCAGCAGCGAUUUCUCAUGAGCAAUGAGAAGUCAAUUGACAACAACCAGAAAUGUGUCUUUUCCUGGAUUGUCGCCAACAGGUGGCUUGCAAUUCGCCUGGAGUUUGUUGGGAACCUGAUUGUCUUCUUUUCUUCCUUGCUGCUGGUGAUUUAUAAAAACAGCCUAACUGGAGACACCGUGGGCUUUGUUCUGUCCAAUGCCCUUAAUAUCACACAAACCCUGAACUGGCUAGUGAGGAUGACGUCAGAAACAGAGACCAACAUUGUAGCUGUUGAGCGAAUAAAUGAGUACAUACAUGUGGAAAAUGAGGCGCCCUGGGUGACGGAGAGGAAGCCUCCGGCGGACUGGCCCAGCAAGGGCGCGAUCCAGUUUAGCAACUACCAAGUGCGAUACCGGCCUGAGCUGGAUCUGGUCCUGAAGGGGAUCACUUGUGACAUCAAGGGCACUGAGAAGGUUGGUGUAGUGGGCAGGACAGGAGCUGGGAAGUCAUCCCUCACAAACUGCCUCUUCAGAAUCUUAGAGUCUGCAGGUGGCCAGAUCAUCAUCGAUGGAGUAGAUAUUGCUUCUAUUGGGCUCCACGACCUCCGAGGGAAGCUGACCAUCAUCCCCCAGGACCCCGUCUUGUUCUCUGGAAGCCUAAGGAUGAAUCUUGACCCUUUCAACAAGUACUCAGAUGAGGAGAUUUGGAAAGCCCUGGAAUUGGCUCACCUCAAACCCUUUGUGGCUGGCCUGCCACUUGGGUUGUCCCAUGAAGUGACAGAGGCUGGUGAAAAUCUGAGCAUCGGGCAGAGGCAGCUCCUGUGCCUGGGCAGGGCUCUCCUUCACAAAUCCAAGAUCCUGAUCCUGGACGAGGCCACUGCUGCCGUGGACCUGGAGACAGAUCAGCUCAUCCAGAACACCAUCCGGACCGAGUUCUCCCACUGUACUGUGAUCACCAUUGCCCACCGGCUGCACACCAUCAUGGACAGCGACCGGAUAAUGGUCCUAGACAGUGGGAAUAUUGUGGAGUAUGACAGCCCCGAAGAACUGCUGGAAAGGUCUGGCCCCUUCUAUUUUAUGGCCAAGGAAGCUGGCAUCGAGAGCGUCAACAACACAGCACUCUAGCCGCAGAUCGCAUGGGGAGAAAGGACUCUGAGGAUCUUCCCUCCGUGUGCGCGCACACGCACUCAUGGGAAAUACAUCGUGUGCACAGCUGUGUAUAAAACGCACAUUUUAAAAGCUCGGUCUCACUCUGUGGCCCAAGGUGGCAUCAAACUCUUGGGCUCUAGUCGUCCUCCUGCUUCAGCCUGUUGAGUAAAAAUGGACAUUUUCAAGAAUGAUAAAUGAAUACCGAUGUGUCCUCUAUCCAGAUUAAGAAAGUGAAUAUUAUCAGGAGCCUUAGAAAGCCCUCAGUCAUCUCACUCUUGUCAUAACCUCUUACCACCCAUCUCUUCCCAAGAGUCACUCUCUUGAAUUUCAU